AUGUCAUAUGAAAUCGGAUUAGGCACACCUGAGGUGCCUAAUCGAGGGUACCCAUUAUGGAUAUGCAGUGUUGUGAUGGUCAUUCUAGCCGGUCUAUUCGUGGUGUCUCGACUGGCCAUUCGAUUCCAUCAUAGUCAUCUGGGAACAGAUGAUUGGAUGAUUCUGGCGUCCUUGUCACGGAAUGUUCAGGUACCUCACUCUCCCCCAUUAUCUGCCAGCAGUAUACUAAUUUGCUUCAAAUCAGCGGUACAUCACGGAUAUGGAAAGCACUCCGCGGAUCUCACACAACACGAGCGGGUGAUGGCACUCAAGUGGUUCUUCGGCGCCCAGAUCGUAUACAAAAUCGUCAUCACUGUCAACAAACUAUCCUUCCUAUGUCUUUACCUUCGGAUCUUUCCACAACGAGCCUUCCGGGUGACUUGCUAUGGCGGGUUAGGGGUGAUUGCCGCCUGGGGACUGGCAUAUCUCUUCCUCACCAUCUUCCAGUGCGACCCCAUGGCUUCGUUCUGGGACAUAACUGUCAAAAACCCCCGAGAUGUCUAG